AAAAGAAAAUGUGCCACGUUGCUUUGCCCUCGUGCAUGUGGCUGCAGAAACAUAGUGGGAUAUAAUAAACGCAUGCCAUCAUCCGGCACUGACCCCAAUCUAUGCCGUUUAACACAGUGGGUCUCCUACCAUCUGUCAGCGGGCAUUUUGCAGAUAAUCCCCCUUUUUUCCACGAGUCGUGAUUUAGCCUCAAUAACUGGCUCUCGUGAUAAACUAAACUGGUUUUAACAGAGGCACGCUGUGCAUUAGCCUCUUUAUGAGAAAUAGACUGGGCAAUAUGGUUGUGUGAAUAUUAGGCUAUAGCCUAUGUUUGCAAACCAAACAUCAAAUAUGCAAUUUAGCUUACAUACAUAUUGUAUUCUUGUGUUUUAAUCAAAUCAACAUUUACACUGUUUCACCCAAAAAAAGAUAAACAAAAGAUAGCCAACUCUAACCUCCGAUUCGGGACAUUUUCUCUUAGACAUUUUACCCAAGACUAGACUAUACAUUUGAAACAAAGGAAAAUAUUUUAAAUUAAAAAUGAACAAUAGUCAUGAAACAUCAGCUGUAGCCUACCUAGGCCUACAUCUUUUUUUAAAUGUAUUUAUAAACAUUAGAAUGUAUUUUUCGUAAACCUAAAUAAUAAAAACAACAUUGGAAAUUUACAUUUAGGGAAACGAAUUUACAGUCAUUUAAAAGAAAGAAGAAUUGGCUAUAUUUGUUACAUAAAAUCUUGAUUGAAUCUCCCUUGAACACAGAUUUAGAGAUGACUCCAGUUUGCCUCAUAUUUUUUUACGGCAUGCAGGAACUCUGGAUAAAUAUCCUCCUGCUGUAUUCUUUUUGGUCUUUAUUUUAAAGUAUCGUAAUUCAUUUAAAAAAGCUAUUUUUUUCUUCACAUUAAUCAUUAAAAUAAGUGCUCAAGAAAACAAUUGGCUUAUAGGAGAAGAAUUUCGUUUUAAUGUGUACACACAUUAUUUGCCUAUAAGGCAAGUAAGCAUUUAUUAUUUAGCCAAUAAAUUAAUUAAAAUGCCUCAAUAGUGAGUCAAUCCGCCAUAGUUAGGUAAACUAUCCUACAGCAAACUUCACCUUGAUAAAUCAUUGCUUUUUUCUUAGUAAAACUACAGAAUGGAGGAUAAAAUUUGUAUUUUUUAAUUUAUUAUUAUUUAAUUUGACUUUAUAUUCACACGAUAUUUUUAAAGCAUUUGUUACGUAGUCCUGAAUUAAACAGUUCAGAGGUAGCCAGUUUUUUAUCGAGUUAUUGGCUAGCUUAUCAUGUUGAAAAAUGCAAUAACAACAAAUAAUCGCGAAAUCGCAUCAACAAAACAUAAUCACACCAACUUACAACCAUAGCAUUUACGACAUACCUACAUCAUGGUGAAUAACAAAGAAAAUCGUUACGUAAGAAAACACUUUCUCUAUCCCGACAUUUUACUUACAACUCUUUUUUCCGACGGGCCCGGAAGGCGGCAUUAGACUCCUCCUCCUGUGGUCCGAGCGGGAAGUUCGGAAGUUCUUCCUGUUGAGCUAAAAUGAUGCAAAUACUCUGUUUUCCGACUUGCUUUUUCAGCAAAUAAAUCACUUUUGGAGUAGUUUGUCCGGUGAGUUUUGUGUAAAUAUGCUCGGGCUAACUAACGCGGCUUUUAGUCAUGGUUAAUGUUAUUGUAAUUUAGGUUAAUGUAACCGGUAAAACAGCUCGCUUCACCUCUGAGGCAGGAGAGCUCUGCAGUCAUGUCCAGUAACACAGAGAGGAGCAGCUCUGCUCCGAAGGGCUUCGGACAGGGUUCUACACAGCUGAGGAGUACCAGGCGGUGCACAAUGCUCUGCAGCAGAAGCUGGGGCCGGAGUACAUCAGUACCAGAAUGGCAGGAGGAGGACAGAAGGUGUGCUAUGUUGAGGGACAUCGUGUGAUCAGCCUGGCUAAUGAGAUGUUUGGAUACAACGGAUGGUCUCACUCCAUCUCUCAGCAGAAUGUCGACUUUGUCGACCUCAUCAACGGAAAGUUCUACGUUGGAGUCAGUGCGUUUAUCAAAGUGCAGCUGAAGGACGGGUCGUUUCAUGAGGACGUAGGGUACGGAGUCAGUGAAGGUCUGAAGUCUAAAGCUCUGUCGCUAGAAAAAGCUAGAAAAGAAGCAGUGACCGAUGGCAUGAAGAGAGCACUGAAAUGCUUCGGAAAUGCCUUAGGAAACUGCAUUCUGAAUAAGGAGUACCUUGUAGCCAUUAACAAAAUCCCCAAACAGCCUCCUCCUCCUCUGGACCCGGCCCGGACUAAGCGCUGUGAGGGGGAGCCUUCAGUGGAGAAGGCCCGCCUCUCCAGUCUGGUCUGUGAAGAAAAGCUUUUAUCUGCGGCGGGUCCGGGCAGAAUCCCACUGGAGCCCAGACGCCUGAACCAGAACUAUUCAGAAGUGCGCACCCCGAACGCCGCGGGCCCCGCGGGAGACCAGGAGAGCGAGAACAUCAUCGCCAGACCCGUCACAGAGUCUGAGGAAGUCGUUGAGUCUGCAGGUCACUCAGACCCAAAACAGCUGAGAAAGCUUCGACAGCAGCAGCUUCAGCAAAAGUUCAGGAGAGAGAUGGAGGCCAAGAGGAUGCAGCAGAAUCCGGAUAAAACCAAGUCUGAGGACAUAGAGGUUGCUAUUGGAACAGGAUCCAGUGAAGGGCAUGAAGGAGCCCCUGCCUUCACUGACAUCAGCUCUGUGGGACACAGGCAGCCCAGCAGCAGGGAUCAGUAUUUAGCAGAUGACCCUGAGCUCUGGGAUUUCACUCUGGAUGGGAUUGAGGAGCUGGGCGUCCCAGCAGGCAGCCCCCCCUCCAAAGCGCUCAGGCCCAGCACGCCUGGGAAUCACCAGAUGCAGACACGCAGUAAGACCCCUCAGAGGGCGCCGGGCAGGCCUCCAGAUGGAGCUCCAUCGUACAACACGGCUCAGAACACAACUCAUUAUCAGUCCAGACCAGGUGAAGUGUCGAGUCCUUACAGAGAAGGACAACACAUGAAGAAACGCAGACUUGAAACCUGAGGUUUAAUGACGCUGUUCUACAAUUUAACACAAUGUAUUUUUAUUUUAUUUUAUUUGUAAAUUUUAUUUCAUUCAAAAAAAAACAAUAAAGUUAAGAAAAACAA